CUCCGUCCCCUAGCGCGUGGCACAGCCCCGGUCCGGGCUCCGCGUGACUCUGCAGCCCGGUCCGUGCGCUCGGAGCGCGCCGGGCCUUGCCCCCAGGCUGGGCGGGGGUUGCGCAGCUGCUGGGACGGACCGGGCCUCGGGUGAGGAGCCCCGCAGCAGCCCAGAAAUUCCAGCAGCACCGAGAUCUAUGUCUGGGAGAUUCUCUGCAGCAAGGAGACAGAGACACUGGCCUGAAGGUGGCUCGGCCUGACUGACAGCCGCCUGGGAAAAGGUCCUUUCCCUCUGAUGCACCAGAGAGGGGCGACGGCAGAGCCAUGUCUGUCUUGGAUGAUGGUUCUCUAAAGCACCCCCCUGAGUCUGCAGUGGACCAGCGCUGGAAGUUCCUCGUCUUCUACCUCUGUUUUUACGGCUUCAUGACCCAGAUCAGACCUGGGGAGAGCUUCAUCACCCCCUACUUGCUGGGAGCUGACAAGAACUUCACCACAGAAGAGGUGACCAACGAGAUCACUCCCGUCCUGUCCUACUCCUACAUGGCUGUCCUGGUGCCCAUCUUCCUGCUGACGGAUUACCUGCGCUACAAGCCGGUGCUCGUGCUGCAGAGCCUGAGCCACAUCUCCAUUUGGCUGCUGCUGAUCUUCGGCACCAGUAUCCUGGCCAUGCAGUUCAUGGAGUUCUUCUACGGCAUCACCAUGGCGGCCCGCGUGGCCUACUCCUCCUACAUCUUCUCCCUGGUCACCCCCUCGCACUACCAGCGCAUGGCCAGCUACUCCCGCUCUGCCGUGCUGAUGGGGGUCUUCACUAGCUCGGUGCUGGGGCAGCUCUGCGUCACCGUGGGCGGGGUGCCCUUCGUGACGCUCAACUAUGUCUCGCUGGGGUUCAUGCUCUUUGGGCUCAUCCUGACGCUCUUCCUGGAGCAGCCCAAGCGAAGCCUCUUCUUCAACCAGAGUGGUGCCCCCGCCCCCUCAGAGCUGGACAGGAUGCACCCAGUCGGGGACAAGCCCGUGCCCCCCGCGCCCUCCCACUGGCGCAGCUCGGCCCUCUUCCGUAUGCUGAGGGAGCUCGGCACUAUCACCAAGCUGCCCCAGCUGCGGCUCUGGUCCCUGUGGUGGAUCUUCAACUCUGCCGGCUACUAUCUCAUGCUCUAUUACGUGCAGCUCCUGUGGAAUGAGAUUUACCCUACCACGGACAACCGCAAGGUCUACAACGGCGGGGUGGAUGCCGCCUCAACGCUGCUCGGUGCCAUCACUGCCUUCACUGCGGGCUAUGUGAAGAUCCGCUGGGCGCUGUGGUCGGAACUGGUGAUUGGCGGCGUGACGGCAUUCCAGGCUGGGCUGCUCUUGCUGAUGAGCACCACCAGCAACAUCUGGCUCUGCUACGGGGCCUACAUCCUGUUCAGGGGCUCCUACCAGUUCCUGGUCCCCAUAGCCAUUUUCCAGAUUGCCACCUCCCUCUCCAAAGAGCUCUGUGCCCUGGUGUUUGGCGUGAACACCUUCUUUGCCACCGUCCUGAAGACCAUCAUAACCAUGAUCAUAUCAGACAAGCGGGGCCUGGGCCUUUCCGUGCAUCCGCAGUUCUAUGUGUACUUCGCCUACUUCACACUGCUGGCAGUGGUGUACCUGGGGGCAGCGGUGUGUGUGGCCGUGACGCACCGCCGGCGCAAGGUGCCGCAGGAGCCGGCGUUCGCCAAGGAGCUCGGCAGCCCUGCUGAGGAGGCACCAGGGAAGGAGAGGAGCUCGGAGCCGGGCAGCGUGCACAUCUGAGUGCAUCUGGGAGAGGAGACCCGAGGGAGUGGCCUGUGUGCACACCCCAGCCCAUCAUAGUCCCAGGGAAUGGCUGGCCACGGUCCUCUCACCUUCCUCACAGUGUCAAUGUGCACCUGAGAAAGCAAGGAGCGCAGGCCAGGGUGGGGCUGCAGUCCUAUCCUAGCUUGUAGGGGCCACCAAUCCCCAGGGCUGUGCGCACCCUUGGUCCCCAGACUGCCACUGCUGGCAGAGCCGCC